AUGUUUGGCUCAACUUUAAUUUUCAUCAACAUUCUAAUUAGUAUCUAUCUAUAUAACCAUAUACAUCUAGAGUUCAACAAAGUGCACAACCUCAUUCAAAGUUCGAUAGUCAAGAGACAUAGAAUUUUAACUCAAAACAAUGAUCCAGUUGUUGAUGUGGACCCAGCCAUCGCUCAGGCACUCAACAAUAUUAAUAUUACAUUGGCAACUAUAAAUAAUAAUCUAACUACUAUGAACAAUAAUAUGGCAGCUAUGAAUGAUGAUAUCUCUAGAUUGGCGAUUGUCACAUUUAGUACGAACUUCAAUAAUAAUAAUAGUAGUUUUGAACAUCACCAAUUAUCAAUUCACAAAAUUGUACAAUUAAUAAUGUUUGUAAUCAUUAGAUUAUUUAGAACAUUGUGGAGAUGGAGUCAACUUUAUCUUACACUUUUAAUUCUAUUGUGUGAAAAGGUUGCUCGUGGAGUCAUAUCGAUUGUGUUUAGUGUCAUUCCAUUCUCAUCGUACAUUGAGUGCGUUGCGUCGGUCAAUAGAUACUCGUCCAAGCAUAUCUACACCGAGGCCGAAAAAGAUUUGGACAGAGAUGCCAUCGAGUUGAUUACCAGUCGUGGUUAUCCAUGUGAAGAACACUAUGUCACCACUCCAGAUGGAUUCAUCCUAGGAUUGCAUAGAAUCACCGGUCCUCGUAUCAACUCGCCACCACAAUCACCCCCAGCUUCACCACGUGACAACGGUCCCAACGGCGCAGACCUCCGUGUUGGCAAACCGGCCGUACUCAUCAUGCACGGAUUCAUGCAAACCUCUGAAGCUUGGUUAUGUCGUGCUAACCCCGAAGACAGCCUUCCAUUCAUUCUCGCAGACGCCGGAUUCGAUGUUUGGCUCGGAAACAAUCGUGGCAACAAGUACUCCUUUAAACAUACCACUUACACCCCUUCACAAGAACGUUUCUGGAAUUGGUCACUCGAUGAAUUAGUUCGUUAUGAUCUACCAAGUAUUGUUGAUGUAUAUAGAACUAGAUUACCAACCAUUUCAUAUAUUGGAUUUUCACAAGGAACAGCUCAAGGAUGGGCUGCACUUAGCACCAACACAGCAUUGGCUGCCAAGAUCAAUUUGUUUGUUGCGUUGGCUCCAGUCAGCACUGUCAAGGGGUUCAGCAACCCCAUGAUCGACUCGUUGGCACGUAGUCGUCCAGACUUUAUCUUUUUACUGUUUGGCAAGAAGGCUAUGCUACCAUCGACCGUUUGGUGGAGACAAGUACUGCCAAAAGAGUUUUUCGUGCAAUUGAUUGACAGCUCGGUCCGAUUCCUAUUUGGCUGGAAGACACACAACCUCGACGAAGAGGAGAAGAAGAUGUUGUACAGUCACAUCUUUUCCUAUACUUCUGUCAAGUCUGUUGUACACUGGUUCCAAAUCAUCCAAACCAAUCGUUUCCAAAUGUUUGAUGACGAGCUCCUCGGCAUCACUCCCAACGAAAACUCAAACAAAAAGCAUCGUUAUCAUGGUCGUGUCAUUCCAGGUUAUCAUCCAGCUCAGAUUCUCACCAAGUGUGCUCUAUUCUAUGGUGGUCAAGACACUCUACCCAACACUAAAGCCCUUCUCGCUCACCUUCCCAAAGACAAGGUCGUCCUCAUCCACGAAGAAGAAUCAUACGAACAUCUAGACUUUAUGUGGGGCAAGACCGCUGGCAAAGCUGUAUUCUCAAAGAUUGUCACUUUGUUACGUGCAAGUAACAAAACUAUUGUUGAAUCUGAUGAUGAUUAA